AUGAUUCUCAACAGGACAUCUUUCACGGUACAUUUGAUAGUAUUUCUAGUGUGUCUGGGGAAGACUUUAGGGUGUCGACGCGUCAAUCCGAAAGCUGAUCGCAGCAGCAGAACGUCGCUGGAAGAAGAGACCGUGAUUGAACCAACCGACGGCUCUUGCAUGACCCUUGGGAGCGGCACGGAUCAAUAUGGCAAGAUCCUAUCAUCUCAUGACGCAAGCAAGUCACAGGACAUCUUCAACGUCAGCAUUAUGUGCGUAUACGUCAUCGAGGCCAAGCAACCAUUUCAGAGGGUGAUGCUUGACUUCAGGUGGUUCGAUGUGUCCCGCAGAUAUUUUGAUGACCCGUCGUGCGAACACGCCAGUGUGACAUUCUACGACGGCCCUGAUAUGACGUCACCCGUACUUCGUGACACAACGUGUGGAAGCCAACGCCUCCCGUUGCUUACUUCCAGCCAAUCAGCGCUGACUAUGCAAAUAUACGCAAGCGGUAACCUGAGUGUGGUCGACUUCAAGGCGGUAUACUCUUCAUUCAGUAACGAUUCAUUUUGCAGAAGCACUGAAGAAUCAGAGCCACGCCUUCUUUGCCAGUUGACCAAUAGGUGUAUCUCGAAGGCUCUGUCAUGUGACCGACAGGGCGUGUCCAACUGCGGUGACGAGGACUACAGCGAUCAAGUCAACGAAAUAGCGCCCUCUUCCUGCCCAGUGACGUACGACAUUGACUGGACGCCACUUCUCAUCUCCCUGGCCUGCACGGCAGCACUGACGAUCCCGUUCCUUCUGUACUGGUGUUGUUGGCGGCCGGGUUACAUCCCGUGGCUCUGCGGUGCGACUAGACGGGCGCGAUGCUGCGAGAUGGGCCGGUGCUGCACGACUCCGAGUAAGCAUCUCUGCUGGCGAGCCAGUCGCCCCUGUUCCUGCCGUGGUUGUAUGGGGUGUGCGUGCACGUGCUGCCCGGGGGCUGUAGGACCUCCCCACGGAGGGAAACCUUCGAGAAACCCGCAGAGGCAGAGUAAAAUCGGAGGAUCAGAAGCGGGUCCCACUUCAAGAGGCAGGCGAUUUGGUGUCAAUUCGCCCAAUAAUGUAUUUGUCGUUGUGGGUGACACUCAGCAUGGCGGGAAGGAAGAUGGUAGGAGACGACAGCAAAGGCAACCCAACGAGGUGAAGGAGGCGUUUGCUGCCUCUGCUGUCGACCAGAGCAGUGGGGGUCAUCUCAAAGGCGAUGCCGGCAGAAGCAGAAAGUCACAAAAGUCAUCCCGAGAUGCGGCUGGUAAGAUUGACACUGAUGCUAGCAAAGACAAGUCGUCGAGGGUCCAUUUCGUGCCGACCAAUUUGGGAAGCGAGACAACAAAGCCCGUGCAUGGGAGGCCGGGCGUCGGCGGGGAUCCAUCAUCACGGCACGACCAGGGAUCGUAUCCAAAUGCCGGCAGGUCUUUGGCCAAGAAGACAUUCAGUGCUGGUGACGGAGCACACGUCAGAGAGGGCCGGUGAUCUCGAUUAUACCGUACACCUUCAUUUAUUGUAAGGUGAAAUUGUAACUUGGGAAAUUCUGGGCAUACUUAUUACGUGGCCCCCAUCGCUGGAACCACACCUUGAUUGCUCGGUUCUUAAAAGUGAACCUAUAUGUAGAAUUACGCGAGCCUUAAUCAGCGCUCAUGCAUGGUCUAUGUACAUAAUAUUUUACUUACCAAUUUGUUUUCAGUUUAUUGGCUAUUUAGGGAGAAUUUCCGGGCUUUUUUUUAACCCGGCCAUUUUGGCAUUGCAUGAAAACAUCGUGUCCGUUAAAACUUUGACUAGCAUUGAAAUAAUUCAUUGCAGCUGUAUGAUAAUUCUAAUUGUCUUAUCAUAUUUUUCUUGAUUAUUAAUGUCCGCUUUUAAACUGGUUGUAGGCCUAGAUAAUUAUGUGAAAUUAUCAGGAAUCAGAUAAGAUUCCAAAGUUACAAAUUUAAAGUGUGUAAUGGGCAUGUGUACUGUUUUGUUGGUGGUGUGAUCCAACAAGUAUACCGUGGUUACCACGGAUAUAUUCCGCGUCUCAAAAACUAUGCAGCAAAGUAUUUACUGAUGAAAGAGAUAUACCCAGACUGACACCGUUUCUUCAUGGUUCACUGUAAAUUGUUUGUUUUAAACACUAAUGUGCGUGCUCACUUAUAUGUGUUGAACCCUUAAAAUGAGUGCCAUGACAGUUUUGAUAUGAAUUUUGGGCAUGCCCAAUCAAGGGCGGAUCCAGAACACGAUUUUGGGAGGCCAAACAAAUUUGGGUCCCCCAAAAAAUGGGUAAAAAAAAAAGA